AGGAAGAAAAAGAUGAACUAAAGUAGACCAGUCUUCCCUUUCCUCGCUCACUAUUCAUCCUCUCCAUAUUCCUCUUCCAUUUUCUCUCUCCUCUCCACUUUCUCUUUCUAGGGUUUCUAUCCUUGAAUUUCUUCGCUUUUAUUCAUUUCUUUCACUUGAUUGUCGAUCUACUUGAGAAUUUCAAUUCAAGUUGUUCAGCCGAUUAUAUCGCCCUAGUUUUAUCAGUGAAUUCAUUUCAUGGAGGCUCCAGGUAUGGAGGAUAACAAGAAAUUGGAGGAGGCGAAAUUAACCUCGGCCGCUGCGUUUGUAGAAGGUGGCAUUCAAGACGCUUGUGAUGAUGCUUGUAGUAUUUGCCUCGAGGAGUUCUGUGAUAACGAUCCUUCGACGGUGACGGGAUGUAAGCACGAGUUUCAUUUGCAGUGUAUUCUCGAAUGGUGCCAGAGGAGUUCUCAGUGCCCAAUGUGUUGGCAGCCUAUCAAUUUGAAGGACCCAACAGGCCAAGAAUUAUUAGAUGCGGUAGUCCAGGAGAGAAAUAUCAGGCUUAAUCCACCGAGAAACGCAGCAAUAUUUCACCAUCCAGCUUUGGGUAAUUUUGAGAUACAGCAUUUGCCUGUUGGUGUUAAUGACGCUGAACUGGAGGAGCGCAUUAUUCAGCACUUAGCUGCUGCUGCUGCAAUGGGCCGAGCACGCCAUUUUGCUAGAAGAGAAGGCCAUAGGGGAAGAUCUUCAAAUCAAGGUCGUCCACAUUUUCUGGUGUUCUCAGCUCAGCCUGAUGCCCAGGCUGAAUCUGCCUCUCUUCCUGAAGGAGGGCAAACUGAAUCUACCCCAGCCAAUUCAGUUACACCUUCGUUGCUCAGAAUUGGAGGAGAAUCAUCACCACAUCAAUCCUCACCUAAUUAUUCAAGCCACACGGAUAUGCUUUCUGCCUCUGGAACUAGUGCCUUUUCUGCUGGUCGUGCAUCACCCUCAGACAGUGGGAGUUCUCCCAGUCAAUCAUCUCCAAGAAGUCAAGAUAGAGCAGGUCCAUCUGAUCUCCAAACUUUUUCAGAAACUCUGAAGUCUCGGCUUAAUUCAAUGUCUACGAGGUACAAAGAGUCUAUAUCAAAGAGCACAAGAGGGUGGAAGGAAAGAUGGUUUUCCCGCAACUCUCCUAUGUCUGAUAUUGGUUCUGAAGUAAGGAGAGAGGUCAAUGCUGGAAUUGCAACCGUUUCCAGGAUGAUGGAGCGUAUGGAAACCAGGGACGAUGGAAUACCCAGCAAUGAUUCUGUACCUGAUAGUUCUGAGAGCAGUCAAGCCCGUGACCCUGUCCCACAUGAGGCUGACUCUGUUGUGUCUCCAGGAGAAAAUCAUUUGAGUGGCAACAGGACACAAGCACCAUGUGCUGCACAUUCCGGUUCCGACUGAGCAUAAUGUUGGCCAUUGCAUCAAGUCAUAGCGUUUAGUGUUGAAGAUAGAGUGCCUUGCAAUUAGGUGGAUGCUGUGAUUUUGAUGCUUUUGCCUCCAUAGCAGCAGACUAGUAGGUAAUGGAAAAUGUCAUUUGUAAUUGUUAUCCGAAGAUAAUAAAAUAACUUAGAGAUUUAUGUGAGCUUGUUAAACGUGGUACUUGGGGGUUACCUGAUUGUAAAUUAUAUGUUUGUAUUUCAACAUUAAUUAUGAAAAUAUUUGCUGGCCGUGCACUACUUCAGUCAGAUGGCUUCUA